AUGUCUGAUACUGGUGGAGGGCACCGUGCUUCUGCAAACGCCAUCGAAGAUGCCUUGGACGCUCUUUAUCCUGGAAAGUUUGAAUGUGAUAUUGUGGACAUCUACACUGAGUAUGGACCAUUCUUUCCGAUCAACUCAUAUCCGUCAAUGUACAAAAUUAUGGCCAAAUAUAGUUUCUUGUGGGAAUCCUUCUACAACUUUGGCGAAACAGAUUUUGGACUCUGGUUGAACGAAGUUCUUCUUGAUACAUUCUGUUUUGAGCCGUUUAAGGAAUGUUUAAACAGACCAUCUGGUUCAACAAACAAGCGUGCAGACAUGGUUGUGUCAGUGCACCCACUGUGCCAGGGUACUCCACUGAAAAUCCUUGCCAAUCUGGAUUCCGGUGGGAAAACAUGUGACUUUAGUGCCCGAGACACCCCAUUUGUAACUGUUGUGACAGAUCUUGGCGGUGCACAUAUCACAUGGUUCAACAAAAAUGUUGAUAAGUGUUUUGUUCCAUCAGAUGUACUGAACAAAAAAGCAGCAUCCCGAGGUUUGAAAGAAGAUCAAAUUGUUCAGUAUGGACUUCCCAUUCGAAGGGGGUUUUGGUCAAAGGUGGAAAAUACUUCUCAAUCCUCAUCGAAGCCUUCCGGACUUUUUGAAAUCUUGAACCGAAAAGGCGAACAAGCAGUAAGUCACCUGAGUGACAGAGAGAAUGUUAGGCAGCACCUUGGAUUGGAAACGGACUUGUCGACCGUUUUAGUUGUGGGAGGUGGCGAUGGCAUGGGCGGGAUCGUGGGUAUUGCGGAGGCAUUGGCCACUGCAUUGGGAAAUUACAGCGACGUUGUAUCAUACCAAAUGGUUGUUGUCUGUGGAAGUAAUGAAGAAGCAAAACAGACUUUGUCUGGCAAGGAGUACGGAGCUGGAGUCAAAGUUUCUGUUGAGGGUUAUGUAAACAACAUGGACGAAUGGAUGAAGGCAGCAGACGCCCUAGUCACAAAGGCAGGGCCAGGAACAAUUGCAGAAGCGUCUAUAUGUGGUCUCCCGUGUAUGCUUUUCGCGUAUCUACCUGGUCAAGAAGAAGGCAACGUGCCUUAUGUGGAAUCCAAUGGUUUUGGGAAGUAUAGUAGGGACCCCGAUGUGAUUGCAGAGACCGUGAGUUCGUGGCUGGCUUCACCAGAGAAGAUGAAAUCCAUGCAGCAAGCAGCACAAACUGCUUCUCGCCCUUCAGCUACGCUUGACAUUGCGGAUGACAUUGCGCAAAUUGCGUUCGCUACAAGGCAACAUUAA